AGCAUACAAGUAUUGAUGUAAACAAGCAGGAUGCUUAUAUAAAGGAUCAAUCUGUUUCACUUGGUAGUCAUACCGCAAUUUCAUCGCCAUGACUUCAAACCAUUGUUGGAUUGCAGUAGCUCUCGCUAGCUUGUUGGUGGUGCUAACCUCGGCGGAUUCCGAUUUCCGCACCAAACGGGAACAGUACCAGCACAACAAGCGACAGUGCGGCAAGAUCCUUCGGACACCGGAAGCCGAUAUGGUGCACUAUCUCGGAUCGGACUAUCCGGAAAGUCAUGAUGCGGCUUGCUUCAUACGGUGUGUUUCCAUUCUGAAUGGGGCGUAUGAUGAUCAGACGGGGGUGAACAUGGAGUUGCUGCAUGAGACUUACGGAGGAAGUAUGACCAUGGAGGAGUACGCCGAGGAUGCGAAGGAUUGUUUGGCGCUGCGGGACGAGGUCGAGUGCUACUGCAUGAAGGCGUAUAAGCCGAUUUUGUGCCUGAAGGAGCAGUUCAAGAAGCGGAAUGUGUUGUGACGGAUAGUUAUUACCAUCAAUAUUUAAAUUAAUAAAUUUAGAGUGAAACGA